AGUCAGCGCUUAGCAGGAAGCCGACUCCCAAACCCGGGCAGGGGGUGUGAGCCAAGCGCGAAACCCCGCCUCUAGGGGGGUCCCUGAUCUUUGCCCCCGCCCGGGACUCCGUGCCUCUCUGAGAGGCACACCGGGCGAGCGGCAUUGCCUUUGUGUGUUUCGCCUCGAGGUACUGGAGGCCCUCCCCACAGCCGUCCGCCGCGUCCCCUCGCGGCCCCCGGCCCCUCCUCUCGGCGUCCUCAGCCCCCCUGCUUAGCUCCGCGUGCCAGUUCGGGGAUAGUUGGUUACCUCCCUGCGGCGCCAGGAGGAGGGGCUAGGGCCUGCAGCCCCCUCCCCGGCACGCGGCGCGGGAGCCGAGCCCAGCCCCGGGGACCUGCAGCCGCCGAUGAUGUGGGCCGGACUGCUCCUUCGGGCCGCCUGUGUCGCGCUCCUGCUGCCCGGACCCCCGGCCGGAGGCUACACUGGGAGGAAGCCGCCCGGGCACUUUGCGGCCGAGAGACACCGGCUGGGCCCCCACGUCUGCCUCUCUGGGUUCGGGAGUGGCUGCUGCCCUGGCUGGGCGCCCUCUAUGGGUACUGGGCACUGCACCGUGCCCCUCUGCUCCUUUGGCUGCGGGAGUGGCAUCUGCAUCGCUCCCAACGUGUGCUCCUGCCAGGAUGGAGAGCAAGGGGUCACCUGCCCAGAAAGUCACGGACCCUGUGGGGAGUAUGGCUGUGACCUUAUCUGCAACCAUGGUGGCUGUCAGGAGGUGGCCCGAGUGUGCCCCGUGGGCUUCUUGAUGACAGAGACGGCUGUUGGCGUCAGGUGUACAGACAUUGAUGAAUGUGUAAGCUCCUCUUGCGAGGGCCACUGUGUGAACACGGAAGGCGGGUAUGUGUGUGAGUGUGGGCCUGGCAUGCAGCUGUCUGCUGACCGCCACAGCUGCCAAGACACUGAUGAAUGCCUAGGGACUCCCUGUCAGCAGAGAUGUAAAAACAGCAUUGGCAGCUACAAGUGUUCCUGUCUAACAGGCUUCCACCUCCAUGGCAACCAGCACUCCUGUGUAGAUGUAAACGAGUGUCGGAGGCCAUCGGAGAGGCGAGUCUGUCACCAUUCCUGCCACAACACCGUGGGCAGCUUCCUAUGCACAUGCCGACCUGGCUUCAGGCUCCGGGCUGACCGCGUGUCUUGUGAAGCUUUCCCGAAAGCCGUGCUGUCCUCAUCUGUCAUCCUGCAGCCCCAGCAACAGCCCCCCAAGAUGCACCUGUUGCUUCCAGAGGCCGCCCGGCCUGCCCUGUCCCCAGGACAUACCCCAUCUUCGGGGGCUCCAGGGCCCCCAGCCGGAGUCAGGACCACCCGCCUGCCAUCUCGCACCCUACCACUACCCACAUUCUCCCCUUCUGCCCCUUUGUGGCUGCUGUCCACUCUGAUGGCCACCCCAGUGCCUACUGCCGCCUUGCUGGGGAACCUUAGGCCCCCCUCACUCUUUCAGGGGGAGGUGAUGGGGACCUCUUCCUCACCCAGGGGCCCUGAGGCCCCCCGGCUGGCAGCAGGGCCCUCUCCCUGCUGGCACCUGGAAGCCAUGCAUGAAUCAGGGAGUCACUGGAUAGAGCCUGGGUGUUCCCAGUGCUGGUGCGAGGAUGGGGAGGUGACCUGUGAAAAGGUGAAGUGUGAAGCUGCUUGUUCCCACCCAAUUCCCUCCAAAGUUGAAGGGUGCUGCCCAUUAUGCACAGGCUGUUUUCACAGAGGUGUCAUCCGAGCUGAAGGGGACGUGUUUUCACCUCCCAACGAGAACUGCACCGUGUGUGUCUGUCUGGCUGGAAACGUGUCCUGCAUCUCUCCCGAGUGUCACCCUGGCCCCUGUCAGACCUCCCCACAGUCGGAUUGCUGUACUUGUGUUCCAGUGAGAUGCUAUUUCCAUGGCCGGUGGUACGAGGAUGGGGCCGUGUUCAGUGGGGGUGGUGACGAGUGUACCACCUGUGUCUGCCAGAAUGGAGAGGUGGAGUGCUCCUUCAUGCCCUGCCCUGAGCUGGCCUGUCCCCGAGAAGAGUGGCGGCUGGGCCCUGGGCAGUGCUGCUUCACCUGCCAGGAGCCCACGCCCGUGACAGGCUGCUCUCUCGAUGACAACGGGGUUGAGUUUCCGAUUGGACAGAUCUGGUCACCUGGUGACCCCUGUGAGUUAUGCAUCUGCCAGGCAGAUGGCUCGGUGAGCUGCAAGAGGACAGACUGUGUGGACUCCUGUCCUCACCCGAUCCGGAUCCCCGGACAGUGCUGCCCGGAUUGCUCAGCAGGCUGCACUUACACAGGCAGAAUCUUCUAUAACAACGAGACCUUCCCGUCUGUGCUGGACCCAUGUCUGAGCUGCAUUUGCCUGCUGGGCUCAGUGGCCUGUUCCCCCGUGGACUGCCCCAUCACCUGUACCUACCCUUUCCACCCUGAUGGGGAGUGCUGCCCCGUGUGCCGAGACUGCAACUACGAGGGCAGGAAGGUGGCGAACGGCCAGGUGUUCACCUUGGAUGAUGAGCCCUGUACCCGGUGCACAUGCCAGCUGGGAGAGGUGAGCUGCGAGAAGAUUCCCUGCCAGCGGGCCUGUACAGACCCUGCUCUGCUCCCUGGGGAAUGUUGCUCUUCCUGCCCAGAUUCCCUGUCUCCUCUGGAAGAAAAGCAGGGGCUCUCCCCUCACAGAAAGGUGGCAUUCGGCAAAGCUGCUCGGAGCGUGCCUGGAGACGCUGAGGCCCCUGCCAGCUGCAGCUCCUGCCCUGGGCCCCCGACAGCAUCUCCCUCCAGGCCGGCGCUCCAUCUCCUCCGGCUCCUUUUAAGAACCAACUUGUCAAAAACACAGACUUUACCUAGAAGCUCGGCAGGAGCUUAUGCUCCACUCUCACCCCCAUUGGGGCCGUCGGGCAUGUUCCCAGGGGACCCUGGGGCCUCCCCUCGAUUCUCACCAGGGCCUCUGACCUCUCCAGGAGCCCCUACUCUACCUCUAGCCUCCCCAGGGGCUCCUCAGCUACCUGCGGUGACUCCAGAGCGCUCCUUUGCAGCCUCUGGGGCCCAGACAGCCUCUGGGCGGCCUCCUCUGCCUGCCACCCUCCUAACGGAAGCUUCAGCACUUUCCAUGAUGGCCCCUGGCCCCUCAAAGACCCGCCUCACCCUCAUUAGGCCUCACACACUUUCUCCCACCGCCUCUAGACUCUCUGCAGCCCUUGCAGCCACCACCUGCCCCGGCCCCCAGCACCCCCCGGUGGGGGCCUCUCAGGGGGAAGAGUCCACCGUGUAGGCAGGUCACUGUGUCUGGGAGACUCUGGAGAGCGGACACUGCCCAUGGCCCGGGGAGGGUGCAGGGCGGCUCCAAGGGUGAACCUGGUGGGGAUGCCUGGGCUCCCUCCUGCAGGGGUCCUGGUGAGGAUGGGAGGCCCCCAAGCCUGGAUGUGACCUUGUUCCCAAGGAGUGUUUGGAAUGUGCUGUAAGAAUGGAGGAAGUGGCAGCAUCCUCCGUGGACCUCGUGGCUGGCUCAUCUUUUGAGAAGGGUCGGGGCUGCCAAGUUCUCCUGGAGGAAGAGUUGCGUCCGGCUGGGACACUCACUGGGACCGUGCGCCAGGUGUUUGUCUCCCUGAGGUUUCCUGAUUAAAGGUUGUCUCUGUUU